AUGUCUGGCUUGGUGGAUGACAAGUGGCGCGAGAAGCGUGGAUUAUUGGCUCAUAACCUUGCUGUUGAGAGGGGUACUAGCGAUGGUAUCAAUGGCUUCCAUGGCUGCCCAAGAUUGAUGAUUGAAAUUGGGUUUCUUGAUUGUACCCGUCACCACAUUCACGACUAUGCAAUGUCGAGACCGAACGCUCGUCUUGGUUCCUUGCAGUUUCAGUGGGAUGUCGCUCGGUCCCACGGUAGGCGCCAAAAUGUUUCGAUACAAUAUAAAGGAAAUGGUUCAUGCUUUAUUAAUGUCACACCUGGAUCCUUCUAUGGAAGACUCUUUCCCAGUAAUUCCAUAAACCUUUUUCAUUCCUCCAACGGUCUACACUGGCUUUCUCAGGAUCCAUUAUUGGGGUGUAAGGAUGCAGCAUCCCUUAACAAGGGUCAUUGUCAUAUAGUUAGCACAAGCCCUCCUGAAGUACACAGAGCCUACCUUAAGCAGUAUCAGCAAGACUUCAAAUUGUUUCUGAAAUCACGUUCUGAGGAACUUGUUCCAGGAGGAGCAAUGGUGUUAAUGCAUCUGGGCUAUCAUGAAACUCCAAGAAGAACAAGUUGGGAAAUAGUUAGUUUGAUACUCAAUGACAUGCUCAUGGAGGGUUUGAUUGAAGAAGCAAAAUUAGAAUCGUUUAAUAUACCAGUGUAUGAACCUACAGUUGAGGAAGUUAAGCAUGUGAUUCAGGAAGAAGAGUCACUGUUUCUUGAAAGAUUAGAAGUUGUAAUCUCGGCUUGGGAUGAAGGCAUGAGCAUUGAAGGUGGUGAUGAUGAUUCCUUUCAUGGUGAAAAUAGAAGAGCCGAAAUCAUUUCCAAGCACGCACGAGCAGCAAUGGAGCCUCUCUUGUCAGAGAAGUUUGAUACAGAGGUUAUAAACGAACUAUUCGUGAGGUUUCAGAAUAAAAUUAUGCAGACAAUGAAGGUUGGAAAAUUAGAGAGUGCUACUUUUGUGAUGUCCAUUAAAAAAAGGCUUGAAGCUGUUUCUUAAUAGAUAU